AUGCCUUCCAUUGAGCACCCCACCAUCAAAGAUGGCUGGUUCCGCGAGAUCUCCGGCAUGUGGCCUGGUCAGGCCAUGACCCUCCAGGUCAAGGAAGUUCUUCACCACGAGAAGAGCAAGUACCAGGAUGUCCUCAUCUUCGAGUCUACCAACUACGGAACCGUCCUUGUUCUCGACAACGUCAUUCAGUGCACUGAACGCGAUGAGUUCUCCUACCAGGAGAUGAUCACUCACCUCGCCAUGAACGCCCACCCCAACCCUGAGAAGGUUUUGGUCAUUGGUGGCGGUGAUGGUGGUGUCCUCCGUGAGGUCGUCAAGCACGACUGCGUCAAGGAGGCUGUCCUCUGCGACAUUGAUGAGGCUGUCAUCCGGCUUUCCAAGCAGUAUCUCCCCGGCAUGUCUGUCGGCUUCGAGCACCCCAAGACCACCACCAUUGUUGGUGACGGCUUCAAGUUCCUCGAGGACAAGAAGGGCGAGUUCGACGUCAUCAUUACCGACUCCAGCGACCCGGAAGGUCCCGCUGAGGCUCUUUUCCAGAAGUCAUACUUUGAGUUGCUCAACGGCGCGCUCCGAGAAGGCGGUGUCAUUACCACCCAAGGUUCUGAGAACCAAUGGCUUCACAUGCCCCUCAUUGUCGAGCUCAAGAAGGCUUGCAAGGAGGUCUUCCCCAACGUCGAAUACGGCUACACCACCAUCCCCACUUACCCCUCCGGCCAGAUUGGCUUCAUGGUCUGCAGCAAGGACGCCAACCGCGACCUCAAGAAGCCGCUCCGCACAUGGUCCACUGAAGAGGAGGAGCAGCUGUGCAGGUACUACAGCAAGGAGAUCCACGAGGCCGCCUUUGUGCUGCCUACCUUUGCUCGCAAGGCUCUCCAAUAA